AUGGCGAAUUUAAGGUUUAUCUACAUCGUACUUUUCCUUUUCAUCCUUUCUUCUUUGAUCACCGACGAUGAGGCAUUUUCCAGCAAUAAUAGAGUCGGUAAAAGAAAGUUCAAGGUAAAUAUUUGUUAUUUUAUAUUUCACACGCAAAGAAGUUUGAACGCUUAACGACGCGCGAGUUCUGCUGAAGUCUUAUAUAAUGGAGAAAUUAAAUGGCUCAUCAUUAACAAAACAUGAAACAAUGUCGAACUCUGAAGAAACUAGUCGUAAAGUUUCAAACUCUUUGAUCACAUUCUAUUUUGCCAUGAAGCUUCUGUUUUUCAGACUUUUAAAGCUGAUCUCAGUUUUCCUUUUUCCUUUUUUUUUUUCUUGUCCCCGUGGAUGCCGUGGAUCGGCGAAAGUUUGGAUUUUUAAAAGAUUUUUACAGUAGUUUAAGGCCUUAUUUGAACUUUUGUCAGUUUCAUUAUCUAAAAUGCUAUUGAAAGACAACAUUCAACGAUUGCUUAUCUCAGUCGUUGACUGAAAUUUGAAUUUAACAGUAAUUUUGCUUUAUUAGGGUUUUGUAUUAUCCUUAGGGUCACAUCUCUAUCACCUUCCCCAAAAAUUAGCUAGCCUCUAUAUGUCCUAAUUUAUCGAUUUCAGCUUAAGAGAAAACUAAAACUGGCACCAGUUCUCAGAAUGAUGAGCAAACAGACUACGCGGAUGCAAGCAAAAGAAAAAGUAGAAACAAAUGCAGACAAGCAAAGGAUUCCGAAUGGACUAACAUGCCCAGAGAAACAAUAACAAACCACUGACAUUGAAAAAAGUUGGCGUUUAUUUUGAAGCUAGAAACUGCGGUUAAAAAUUUUCAAUCAAAUGUUUUACGAUCCGAGGAUAUUAUUACAUGGUCGUGCAAUGAUACAGUUCAGAGAACUAAAAAUAUUGUUAACACGAGG